AUGCAAACAUAUGGCAGUAAAGGCACUAUACUGGCUCCUUUGUUGCCGUUGGAAUGGCGAGAAUUGGUGAGUACUGGAAUUUCAGGUCGCCGUAAGAAAGCGAAGCAGCAAAAAAAUGAGCAGCAGCUGGAUCCAGUGAGAAGGUUCAUGCUUAAAGUGAUCGGUCGCAGCACUGUUUCAUUAGAUCACGAGACUGUUGACAUUGAUGACGACGAUGAUAUUACCGAAGAUGUGCGACUUGCAGAAAGCGCGCUUGCCACCGUCGGUGGCAAUGCCAGUGUCCUAGACAGUCCAAGCACAGUCAACGAUAAUGAGCAUAAUGAUUCUGUUGAUAGUAAGCCGUGA